GAACCGGGAUCACUCCCACAAGCAGCCAGGAUCACUCCCACAAGCAGCCAGGAUCACUCCCACAAGCAGCCAGGAUCACUCCCUCAAGGAGCUGAGACAACCCCCACAAGGAGAUGGGAUCACUCCCUCAAGGAGCCGAGAUAACCCCCACAAGGAGCAGGGAUCACUCCCACAAGGAGAUGGGAUCACUCCCACAAGCAGCUGGGAUCAGUUCCACAAGGAGCCAGGAUUACCACCACAAGGAGCAGGGAUUACUCCCACAAGGAGCAGGGAUCACUCCCACGAGGAGAUGGGAUCACUCCCACAAGCAGCUGGAAUCACUUCCACAAGGAGCCAGGAUUACCACCACAAGGAGCAGGGAUUACUCCCACGAGGAGCAGGGAUCACUCCCACAAGGAGCCGGAAUCACUUCCACAAGGAGCCGGAAUCACUUCCACAAGCAGCUGGGCUGCUUCAUGACAGAAUGCAGGCUACAUGUUGCUAG